AUGGCUUUUUCAGGGACUGGCCUCUUCCCUGAGGCAAUCCCUGGGAUUCAAAAGAUGGCAUGCAUUGCCACAAACACUAGCACUGAUCAAUCUGCUCUUCUUGCAUUCAAACACGGAGUUACUCUAAACUCUUUAAUAUCUCAAAAUUGGUCUUCUCAAGUUACUGUUUGCGAUUGGAUUGGAGUCACUUGCGUUCCUCACCACCAUAGGGUAACUGCACUGAAUAUACAAUCAUCUCAAGGCGAUUUUCCCAAAGAUAUUGGCAACCUUCAGAAUCUGAAGGAGUUGAUUUUAUUCAAAAACCAACUUACUGGCUCUAUUCCAUUCUCCAUUUUCAAUAUUUCAUCGUUAGAAAAUUUAGAUCUCACGCAUAAUCAAUUAUCAGGAAGUCUUCCUGUGGAUAUAUGUCGCCGUCUUCAAAGAAUAAAGAGCAUUUCAAUCAUUUCCAACCACUUGAGUGGUUACAUUCCAUCGGGUUUAUCUAACUGCACGGAACUGUUUGAAUUGUCAUUGUCAUACAAUAUCUUCACUGGGACUAUUCCACCAGAAAUUCUCAACUUGGAGAGGCUUGAGAGCUUAAACCUUGGGGGAAACAACUUGCAAGGCACAAUUCUAGCAGAGAUUGGUACUUUAUGA